AUGGACUCCUCUGUACCGCUGCAUGAUCCCUCCCCCGGUGCGGACUCGGACUCGGUCGCCGGGACAUUCUUCCAUAAUGCCACAGCGCCCCGCGUCAACACCGACGCCAUCAUCCUCAACACCAUCCACCACAAGCACCCUGGAGUGCCUGUGACGAUUGUUCCACAAGGCAGUUGCAAUCUGAAGGGCUACGCCCAAGCAGGGCACGCAUCAAUCGAAGCUGUCGGCCCAGACCAAGCAGAGCACCACGUUUGGCCAGAGACCCUCAAAUGGACAUACUUCAUCCCACCCGCCAGGCGGCUCGACGGCGGCAACGGCACCGUCGCCGACCAGUUCUUUUUCGAGUCGUAUCUAUACAAAUGGAAAGACUUCACUUUCCUCGUCUACUUUGCCGACGGCCGCGACGGCGACACCUCCAUCCCGCGCGUCCGCAACCAGUAUGUCCUGGGCGACGAGGCGGCGGCCCGCAUGCUCGUGGCUACGGUUGGCCGCUUCGACUCGACCCUGCACGGGGAGAUCUGGGUCUUCAACAAAGGCUACUGGCAGAAGGACCCUCAACUGUACCAGAGCAUCACGAAGGCGCGCUGGGAGGACGUAAUCCUGGACAAGUCGCUGAAGGAGGACAUCAUUGACACCGUCCAGCAGUUCUACGACUCGCAGGACCAGUACAGCCGCCUCCGCGUGCCAUGGAAGCGAGGCAUCAUUUUCUACGGGCCCCCAGGCAACGGCAAGACGAUAUCCAUCAAAGCCACCAUGCACACGCUGUACAAUCGGGACCCCCCGGUUCCAACUCUCUACGUCAAGACGCUGGCCGGCUUCGGCGGGCCCGAGUACAGCAUCGACAGUAUCUUCGCCAAAGCCAGGCAGGAGGCUCCCUGCUAUUUGGUCUUUGAGGACCUCGACAGCCUCGUCACCGACAAGGUCCGCAGCUUCUUCCUCAAUGCCGUCGACGGUCUGUCGCAGAAUGAGGGCAUUCUCAUGGUCGGCAGCACAAACCAUCUCGACCGGCUCGACCCGGGCAUCGCGAAGCGCCCAUCUCGUUUUGAUAGGAAGUAUCUCUUCCCAGACCCGGAUUUCGAUCAGCGAGUCAAAUACUGCCAGUAUUGGCAGAAGAAGCUCCAGGACAACAAGGAAAUUGAGUUUCCCGACGAGAUUUGUCCAGCCGUGGCCAGAAUUACGGACGAUUUCUCGUUUGCUUACAUUCAGGAGGCCUUUGUGUCAACGUUGAUGUCAAUUGCUCGGGAGGAAGAGGGGGUUGACACAGCCCGGGUCGGCGGCAUGCCGGAGUUGCUUGAUUCUUGGGACGUGCUCGAGAUCGCGGACGGCUCUCCACUCCGGACAUUUGGGCAAGACAAGGACCUAGACGACUACAUUCUCUGGCGGAAGCUGAAAUAUCAGAUUGAUCUUUUGCGAAAGGAGCUGUCAGAGGACGACGAUGCGAGCUAA